UUGGGGAGGAAGGGACUGGGGAGGAAGGUAUUGGAGGUGGUGACGGGGAGGGAGGAAUUCGGAAGGGAGGCACCUUAUCACUGGAAAGGAACCGUCUCGCCAUGAGUGGAAAGAGAGAUGAGGAGGAGGAGGGGAAGCCGGGUACCUUCAGUGGUCGGUGGGGUUCAUCGCCUCAUGACUCCCUCAUGGUAGCUCCUCCUUUCUCUGCUGCACCUGGCUCUUCUCUCUUUCCCCCCUCUUCCUGGUCGCCUGCUGAGGGGAAGUUGGGUAGCUUCAGUGCUCGGUGGGGUGAUUCCCCAAUGGUAGCCCCCCCUUUCUAUGCUUCAGCCGGAUCCCCUCUCUUUUCCCCUCCUUCCUCGUUGCCUUCCCCCCCUCCCCCCCUCACUCGAUCCCCUCCCAUCUGUCGUCCCCGCCCUCGAUCUCCUUCUCUCACUCCCCCCCCUCGGUCCCCUCCUCUCACUCCCCCCCCUCGAUCCCCUCCUCUCACUCCCCCCCUCGAUCCCCUGCUCUCACUCCCCCCCCUCGGUCCCCUGCUCUCACUCCCCCCCCUCGGUCCCUGCCUCUCACUCCCCCCCCUCGAUCCCCUGCUCUCACCCCCCCCCCUCAGUCCCCUCCUCUCACUCCCCCCCCUUGGUCCCCUCCUCUCACUCCCCACCCUCGAUCCCCUCCUCUCCUCCCCUCUCACCCUUCCGCUGUCUCCCACUCCUCCUCCUCUCGUGGUUUCCCCGACGCACCAAGUGCCGCCGGCUCUCCCACCCCUCUCAAAAGAGUCUCUUGGGACCUCACGUUCAAGCCUCGUGGAGGAGGAGUAGCAGCAGCAGCAGCAGCAGCAGCAGGAGGGGGAGGAGGAGGAGCAGGAGUAGCAGGAGCAGCAGGAGGAGGAGGAGGAGGAGGAGGAGGAGGAGUAGCAGCAGGAGUAGCAGCAGGAGGAGGAGGAGGGGGAGGAGGAGGAGGAGGAGGAGGAGUAGCAGCAGAAGCAGCAGCAACAGGAGGAGGAGCCAAGGGGCCUAUACCACGCAGGGCAACCUGGCAUGCAGCAACCACUGUUGAAGCUACUUCUGUAGCUGUUGCCAUGACAGCAGAAGAGCCAGCAGAGCGAGACUAUGAAGCUAUUGCUGCCGCAGCUUUUGCCAGUCAGAUAGCACAUGCUGCUGCUGCUGGUGCUGGUGCUGCUGCUGCUGGUGUGACUAAAUCUUCCUCCUCCAAGGCUUCCGGGAAGCUUCCUUCAUUUGAGCUGCCCAGGAAAGGUUUCAGCUUUGACCAGAGGCACAGGCGUAAUGUGUCCCUGUCCGAGCUCCCGCAAUUUUCAUCCGUUGAUCUUUCGGGCAGCUUGGAAAAAGGUUCUGUAUGUGGGAAAGCCCAGGCAGGAAGCGGACAGGGAAAGGUGCAUGCAUCAUCUGUUGCAGUUUCAAAGGCUUGCAGACCACAGAGUGCCUCUGCAGGAGGCACAGCAGGAGGAGCGGCAGGAGGAGGAGCAGGAGGAGCAGCAACUGGAGGAGCCAAGGGGCCUAUACCACGCAGGUCAACCUGGCAUGCAGCAACCCCUGUUGAAGCUUCUUCUGCCACUGCUGCCGUGGCAGCAGAAAAGCCAGCAGAACGAGGCUAUGGGGCUAUGAUUGCUGCCGCAGCUUUUGCCAGUCAGGUAGCAGAAGCAUCUGCAUCUUCGGCUAAGUCCUCCCCCAGGGCUUCCCGGAAACUUCCUUCUUUUGAUCUGCCCAGGAAAGGUUUCAGCUUUGACCAAAGACACAGACGGAACUCGACCCUUACCGAGCUUCCACAUUUUUCAUCCGCUGACUUCUCGGGCAGAUUAGAGACGAAUUCUGUAAGUGGGGAAGCCCAGGGACGAAAUGGAGGGAAAAGGAAUUGUUGGUUGUCUGUUGCAAUUCCCAAGGUUAGCAGCAGCCACAGGAGAGUCUUAAGCAGUACCUCGGGAUUUGGAUCUCCAAUUCACUCCCCGACCUAGAUAGCCCAGUGCCUACAGUUUGGUUUGGACUGAGCAUAUUGGGUGAUAUAUGUGUUUGGGUUGUACUUUCUAAGAGCACAAACCUGUCUAGCCUUUAACUAUACAUGCAGUUUGCAUAGUGUUGGGCUGAGAAUGGCCCUAGGAUCUUUUCAGGGAAAGAAGUCUUGAGUGAACCCUUGUGCUGGUAUGUGAGAAC